AUGGCGACUUGGUGUGAACUUCGACAUAGGUUGCAACAAAGUGAAACAAUUGAUAAAGUUGCUCAAGAACAAUUUAAAAAGGAAAAGGAGUACUGGAAAAAUGUUAUUGUAAGAAUCAUUGCUGUUGUGAAGUAUCUUGCUACAUAUAAUCUUGCAUUUCGUGGGAAAAAAAAGAAAGUUGAUGAUAUAACUGGCCAAGGGCUUUUUGAAGAGUUAGAAAAUGUGAUUAAUUAUCAUGAUCUUGAUAUAGACAAUGUUAGUGGUCAAGGAUGUGAUAAUGGGUCUACUAUGAAAGCCUUAUUACAACUAGCUGAUGUUGAUAAUGAUUCUAAAAUUCAAAGUGAAGCAAAAUCCUUGGCUACAAAUGAAAUCUUGUCAAAAGACAUGUUGAUUGAUAUUGCUAUGAGUGAGAUAAAAGGGUUGAUAUCCUUUUUCAAGAAUUAUAGAGAUGUUGGAUUUUCCAAUGCCAUGGAUAUUGCAAAAACAAUAGCUAUUGAAAUUGGAAUCGACCAAGUAUUUCCUCAUAGGCGUAUGAUACGUAGAAAAAGACAAUUUGACGAGCUUAAUGGUGAGGAAACAUCAUUAUCUCCAGAGGAAUCAUUUAGAAUUCAAUAUUUCAUCUGCAUUGUUGAUCAAGUUAUUCCGUCAUUGGAAAAUAGGUUUGAACAGUAUGAAUUGUAUGAGAGUGAUUUUGGAUUUUUGUUCAAUUCUAACAAGUUGCAAUCAAUGGAUGAUAUCAAACUCCAAUCUUGUUGUAUUAACUUUGAGAAUGCUCUUAGGAAAGAAAUGAGUUUUUCGAAACUGAAGUUGAUCAAGUCAUACUUACGGACAACCAUGUCACAAGAAAGGCUAAAUGGACUUGCUUUAAUGGCUAUUGAGAGCAAUAUUUUGGAAGAAGUUGAUACUGAAAGUGUUAUAGAUGAUUUUGUUUCAAAAAAUGUAAUACGUGCAUCACGUUUUAAGUGA